CGACAAGCGUCCAGUUUGUCCCUCUGUGGCAUCCGUACAUCCUGGUGAUCCGGAAGUAACGUUUUGAAUGUUCGGCGCGUUUUAACUGCUGCAGUUUUGUUAAGACCGUGAAAGAAAACGCAGAAUGGCCUCCCCUACCAAAUUCAUCGAUGAGGGUGCGAUCAAGACCCCUAAAAACAGCCGAGUGAAGAGCUUCUUAAGCAGCGGAGGGACACCGAUCACCAUCCCGGCCUCACCUUUCAUGAAGAAGUUGGGCUGUGGAACUGGUGUCAACGUUUACCUCAUGGACAGAAUGGGAAAGUUGAAUGCGUCUCCCUGGGCUGUCAAGAAGAUCAACAGCAGGUGUGCAAGCUUACAGGUGGCGAUUUACCAGAAGCGCCUGAACGAGGAGGCGAAAGUCCUGAAGGGAAUCAACCAUCCAAACAUUGUUGGGUUUCGUGCCUUCGCCAUGAGCAAAGAUGGAUCAAACUGUCUGGCGAUGGAGUACGGAGGAGAGCAGUCCCUCAACGACCUGAUAGAGGAGAGGAGAAAGGACGGCCUGAAAGCGUUCCCUGCUGCCAACAUAGAGAAAGUAGCGCUGCACGUCGCCCGCGGCCUUCAGUAUCUCCACAACGAGAAGAAGCUGCUGCACGGCGACAUGAAGUCGUGUAACGUUGUCAUCAAGGGCGACUUUGAGACCGUGAAGAUCUGCGAUGUUGGCGUGGCUCUGCAGCUGGACGAGAACAUGAGAGUGUCGGACUCGAAGGCGGAGUACAUCGGCACGGAGCCGUGGAAACCUAAGGAAGCCAUGCAAGAGGGCGGAGAGAUCACCGACAAGGCUGACAUCUUCGCAUACGGUCUGACUCUGUGGGAGAUGAUGUCGCUGGCCAUGCCUCACCUGGAGAUGCUGGAUGAUGAUGAUGACGAGGAGGAAGAAGAGAACUCGAUGGAGGAGAGUUUUGACGAGGACGGCUACUACGAGAGGCUGGGGACGAGGCCGGCGGUGGAUGCGGAGGCUCUGGGCGGCUCGUACCGGAGGGUGCUGGAGCUCUUCUACCUCUGCACCGAGGAGGACGCCAAGAGGAGACCCUCCGCCGCACAGAUCGUCCAGGCUUUAGAGAGCAACGCCCCGCUGGACAAAACGCCCAGUGAGGUGAUUGUUAUCGACUAAUUCUGCAUUUUGGAUCCAGACUAUUAUUUAAUGGCUGCUUACAGGAUUUAUAUUGUAACACAACCUGAACCAAUUAAGAGCUCCAGGGAAUCUGAGGCGAUGGAGCCUCGAUGUAGAAACACGUCGGAUCAUUUGAUGUGAAUGAGCUCAGACGUCUCUGUCCAUUUUUACUUUUGUCUUUGCUAUACAGCAUUUUCUUUUCCUACGUACGUCAACUGUUCUCGUGUUUGUUUCUGUAAACUGAUGUUUUCAUCAAACUCAAGCUGUGCUGUCUUUAUUUUAUACGUUUCAAUAUCCUGAGCUGCAAUAACAGCAGCUUAAUUUAUAUUAAAACAUGCGUACAUAUAUAGAAAGUAUUAAGAACUAACAAGCCAUGUGAUCAUCGUGAUGUUUGGUCUUAAGCCUUUCCUCUAAUGGCACAAAGUUAAACUGGAUCAGUUUGUCUGUACGGGGAAUAUAAAUCUACAGCAAGCAGCUAAAG